UAGUGUUUCAUUUCGUAAUUUCUAGAGGCACCCUUCCUAUAAAUUAAAAUCCGCUUUAAUCUCUGGAAGCAAACACUAGCUCAACUGAACCUCGCAUAUCACGGAAAUAAAAUAAUAGUUUAAGAAAAAAAAAAUAAAAAGAAGAAAGCAGAGAGAUAGAGAGAAUGGGAGGCUCAUAUUGUGUGAGGGAGAGGAAGCCAUGUCUGAGAUGGGUUGAGAAAUACUUCAAAGACUGCCUUUGCAAUGUGAAAGAUGACAUCUCCUUCAGUUUCGGUCUCAUAAGUCUUGUGUGUUGGGGAGUCGCUGAAAUCCCUCAGAUUAUUACCAAUUUUCGCACCAAGUCAAGCCAUGGAGUCUCCCUUGCCUUUCUCUUCACUUGGGUUGCCGGUGACAUAUUCAACUUGGUGGGUUGCCUUUUGGAACCAGCUACGCUUUAUACAAUCACUACGAUCGUAUUGGUACUGCAAAGCUUAUACUAUGACCACCUUUACAAAUGGCGCAAACGUCGGCACAGGCUCAACAACAGAGGAGUUGAUCACGAAGAAGACAAAAAACCAUUGAAACCGAAACCAAGUCAUGAAUCUGGAAUUCCAAUACCAAAUGGCACACCCAAAGCAGCACCUCGACGGGAAUAUUACUAUACGUCAGCAAGAUCGCUAGCUGGGAGUGGCACUCCACCCUUCCGUACAUACAUGAGAGCUGUUAAAAGUGGCCCUUCAGCAAUGGAAUUGAACUGUGAUUCUUCUUCGGACGAUGAGGCAUCGUCGUCUCCGGCGAUUCCCUCUUCCACCCAACCUCGGCCCAUCCCACGUUCCGCAGCUGGAUAUGGGACAUUUCUCGCUGCAUCUGUUAACCUGCCUCUGAAGGGUAAUGCUCUGAGAGAAGGAUACAUAAGAUUCAAUGGACGAAAACUUCUGCAGGAGCAACAGGUACACAGUGCACUUGGUCAAUGGUUGGGAUGGCUCAUGGCUGCUAUAUAUAUGGGAGGUCGCCUACCACAAAUAUGGUUGAACAUUAAACGAGGCAGUGUAGAGGGCUUAAAUCCUUUCAUGUUCGUGUUUGCACUAAUUGCUAAUGCUACUUAUGUUGGAAGUAUUCUUGUACGAACUACAGAAUGGGAUAGCAUCAAACCUAAUAUGCCAUGGUUGCUGGAUGCUGUAGUUUGCGUGGCACUGGACCUUUUUAUAAUACUACAGUACAUCUACUAUAAAUACUUCAGGAGGAGAGCACCAAGUUGUGAUGGAGACUACUACGAAGACGCCAGAAAAAGCUGAUCCAGCUUGAUCCCAAAGAUUUAACUGAUCAUUGCCAAUUUGAAAAAUGGCUAUACAUUCCCAAAGUUGAGUUUUGGGUUGUGACAUUUAGCUUUUUUUUUUGGCUUGGGGCUGAUUAGCUUUAUCUGAAUCUAACUAGAGAUGGGUGAGGAUUAAGUAUGCAAGUGUCUAAAUCAUUGCUGCUAGAGAAAAUGGCAUGCCACUUUGCCACUAGCUUUUCAAGUGUAUCAAUUAUGAUUUCUCCAUGAUUCAUCCUAUCGUAUGGUUGUUAUAUUUUUAAGUGAUAAUAUAGCACUUUGUUUCGCUGUCAAA